AUGAAUAAAAUUACUACAGCCAAUAAUUUUUACAAUCACAAUUUUUAUUAUAUAAAUAAUAGAUUAAUGAAUAAUGAAGAUUCUCCUUAUUAUAAAUGCGAAGAAAUCCACAUAAACACAAAUAUUGAUAAUAAUAUUUCUUUAAAUGAAAACAUUAAUAUAAAUUUAUUUAAUUUAGUCGAUCAAAAUAAAAAUGAUUCAUUAUUAAAUAAGCCUGUAAAUAAAUUACAUAUAAAUAGAACUAAUGAAAAUGGAUCCUUUGUAAAUGAAAAAAAUAACAUUACUUCAAUGGAUAACAUAAUAAAUAAAAGAAACAUCCAAAAAAAUAGAAAUAACAAUACCAUUAAUAGCAAUACACAUGAAAACAAUAAUAUUAACAUAAAUGAUAAUAUCAUCAGUAGCAUAAUAAGUAACACUUUGAAUAAUAAAAAUGGAAUAGAUGGCCAUUUAAAUAAUUCGAGAACAAAUAAUAAUAGUAAAGAAGAAAAUACGAAUACUAUAGCUAAUAAAAAUAAUAUAAAUAAUAGCAGAAACAUUAUUAUUAGUAAUAAUAAUAUGAAUAAUAAUAGUAUUAAUAGUAAAAGUUAUAAAGAUAUAAAUAAUAAUGAUAGUAAUAGUAUAAUUAAUAAUAACUCUAAUAGUAAUACAUAUAAUAAUAAUACAAAUAACAACAGUAAAUAUUCUAAUUAUAAUUAUAGUAUUAAUAACAACAAAAUAAAUUUUUUUGAUGAAAAAAAUAAUAAUUUUUACUAUAAAGAAAGAAAUAUAAGCGGCUUAAAUAGUGAUUUUCCAUAUAACUUAAAUGAAAAUAGUAAAAUAAACAAUAAUAAUGUUAGGAAAAAAAUAGAAAAUGAAAAUAAUAUCACAAAUAUAUUUAAUGACUUAAAUGCACAAAAACAAAAUGGACAAAUAUAUGAAGUAGAAAAUACCAAAUUUUUACAUAACUUUUUAAAUAAUUUUAAUUCUAUAACGAAUAAUUCAAACAAUGAAUUAGAAAUAAACACAAAUAAUGAUGCAAAGUAUCCCAGUAAUUGUGAAAAUAGUGAACAAAUUAACAUAAUAAAUGAUAAUUAUAAAAAAUGCCUAAAUAGAAAUUAUGAUGAAGUAUAUAAAAUUAUUGAAAAUCAAAUAAUUUUAAAUUCAAAUAAAAUUUCUGAUUAUAACAAUAAUCGUAAUACGGAUAUCAAUUAUAUAAAAAAUAUUAAUAAUAAUUAUAAUAAUGGUAAUAAUGAUAAUUGUAAUUAUAAUGACAAUAAUAAUAAUGAAAAUAAUCAUUGUAAUAAUAAUAAUGAAGAUAAUGAUCAUAAUAAUAAUAAUGAAAUAAAUAAUUAUAAUAAAAAUAGAAAUAAUGAUCAUAAUAAUAACAGUAAGGAUAAUUAUAACGAUAAUAAGAAUAAUUUUGACAAUACUAAUAAUAAUGAUAAUACUAACAACAAUAAUAAUGAUGAUAAUACUAAUAACAAUAAUGAUAAUAGCAAUAAUAAUAAUGAUAAUAAUGAUAAUACUAACAACAAUAAUAAUGAUGAUAAUACUAAUAACAAUAAUGAUAAUAACAAUAAUAAUAAUGAUAAUAAUGAUAAUAAUGACAAUAACAAUAAUAAUAAUAAUGACAAUAACAAUAAUAAUAACAAUGAAAAUAACAAUAAUAAUAACAAUGAUAAUAACAAUAAUAAUAACAAUGAUAAUAAUAAUAAUAAUAACAAUGAUAAUAAUAAUAAUAAUAAUAAUAAUAAUAAUAAUAAUAAUAAUAAUAAUAAUAAUAAUAAUAAUAAUAAUAAUAAUGAUCAUACUAAUGCAAAUAGCAAUAAUGAAGAAGAUAAUGAAAAUAGUAAUGAAGAGGAUGAUGACAAUAAUAAGAUUGAUAAUGACAAUAAUAAUGAUAGUGUAAAUAACAAUAAUGAAGAAGAUAAUGAAAAUAAUAAUGAAGAGGCUGAUAACAAUGAUAAUAAAAAUAAUAAAAAUAAUAAGAAUAACAGAAACAAAAAUAUAAAUAAAAAGAAUAAUAAAAAUAGAAAUAGCGUUAACAAAAAUAUGAAUAACAAAAAUGAAAACAAGAAUAAUAUAAAAAAUAAUAAUGAUGUAAAAACGAAAAAUUUGCAUUUAGGCUUGAAUAACAUUAAUAAUGCAAAUUUUAAAAAUAAUAUAGAAAUAAAUAGCAACAAUUUUUUGAAAAAUAUUAUUAAUAACACUGCUUUAAUUAAAAAUAAUGUAAAUAAUAAAAAUAAUUUGAACAUUUCAAAAAAUUAUUUAACUGGCAAAAACCAUGAUUCAGAUAACUUAAACAUUCUGAAAAAUAAUACUCAUAAUAAUGAAAUGGAUAUACUUCUUAAUGAAACUAAUAUUCCAUUAGAUGAAAAUUACGUAUUAUUCAACGGGAUAGGUAGUAGUAAGAUUAAUAUAGAAGAAACAAGUAGAAAUGAUCUAAUUAAUUUAAACAAUACAUUGAAUAUACUAAAAAAUAACAUGUAUAAUAUGUUCAGUGAUAAAUAUGAAGAGAAAAAUGAAUCAAUAAAUAAUGGAUCAUUAAAUAAUUCUAAAAAUGCUAUGAAUGCAAAUAGAAAUAGAACAAAUGAAGGUAUAAAUUUUUUAAAAAUAAAAAACACACAUAAUAAUAGCAUAGUGAACAAUGUAUCAAGUUAUUUGGGUAAUAUGCAAACAUACAUAAAUAACAAUUCGUUAAAUAAAUCAACAAUGAAUGAUAUAAAUAGUAAUUUAAUGAAUAAAUAUAAUUUAAAUGAUGUGAACAGUAAUUUAUUAAAUAAAUCAUAUAUAAAUAAUUUGAUGAACACCUCAUAUAUUAAUGAUAUAAAAAAUAGUUUAAUAAAUAAAGCCUUUAUAAAUGGUCAGAAUAAUUCUAUUGGUAAAUCAAAUGUAAAUAAUACAAGUGUAAAUAAAAAUGCUGUAAUCAAUACUACAAACAAAUAUAAUUUAAAUAAUUCUAUGAGUAAAGCUACAGGAAAUGAUAUGAAUCAUAAUAUUCGCAAUAGUAUGGCUAAUGCAAAAGAAAAUUUUGAUUCUAAUACCCUCAAAAAACAUUUGAAUGAAAAUAUGUGUGUAGAGAGACCUGUAAUAUUAAAUAAUUCUCAAAUGUUAGAAGCAUUUAUGCAAGGAAGAUUAUGUUUAAGUUGUGAUUCAUUAGAUCACCCCAUGCCCUUAUGUCCUAAUAAUUCUUUUGUAUGCCCCAACUGCCAUAAUAUAUCUCACAGAGGAAAUGACUGCCCUAUGAAAUGUAGAUUUUGCCUCAAGUAUCACGUUGGUAUUUCUAUAAUGGAUUGCUUAAAAAAAGCAAGAAUACAAAAUGAAAAAAAUUCAUCUAAGGAAGAAAAAAAUGACUCUAAUAAAUUAAAUAAGAAUUCGAGAAACAAUGAAGAAAGAGCUAAUAUUGGACCUAGAUUUGAUAUAAGUACAAGACCUGAUAAUUCAUAUGGUAGAAGCGUUUAUGUAUCCAACCUAAGUGACGAUAUCACUAAUAUGCAAUUAAGAGAUACAAUUAAUAUGAAUCUAGAUAAUGGAUAUGUAGUUAAUAUUGAUAGGCAAGAUGGAUAUGCGUUUGUUGAAUUAUCUAAUCUUAAUUCUACAUUUCAACUUGUGCAACGAUCUAUUAACAUUAAUUUCAAAAAACUUAAAAUUCAAUUCAAGAAAACAGGGCAAUUUUUAAUACCAGAUAAUCUAUCUAUGAAUUCUAAUAAUUCAGAAGAAUAUAAUUUAAGUAAAGCUUUAAAUUUACACAAUAAAUUAACUAAAAACUCAAUAAAUAAUAUGUUAAAUAAAAAUAUAUCCAACAAUCCUAAUGUAAUAAACAAUAAUAUAGAUUAUAAUAGCAAAUCAAAUAAUAAUAUAAAUAAAUCUGGUAUUACCUCUAAUGGAACAACCAGUAAUAUCUUAAAUGAAGAUACUAUUGACGGCAAAAAUAAAUUUCCUUACAAAUCAACUUUUUCAAGAACAUCUAAAUUGCAGCAGCAACAACUAAAAAAGAAUAACCAAAAAGAAAACUUUAAAAUUAAUUCUAAUUACAAUUCUCCAAUAGAUAAAGAUCUCAAUAAAACGUUCAUAAAUAAAAAAGAAAACAAAUUAUUAAAUGAAAGAAAUGAUAAUAAAAACAAGAAUUUUUAUACUGUAGACACUAUAUUAGAUCAAACUAAAGAAAACAUAGUAAAUAAUAACUCAUGCUUUCAAUUAAAAUGUUUAACAAAUAAUUACAUUUUACAAAAUCGUUGUGAAAAUAUCAGCAAUUUAUCAAAUAACUAUGAUCUUAUGUACAUUGAUGAUAAUAUUUUAAAUGAGUAUGUAAAAAAUACUAUUGAUAAUAAAAUACCUUCUACGUUUAAUAGCGAGUUAUUUAAAAGUAAAGAAGAAAAGAAUAAAGUAAUGUAUGAAGAAAAUAAAAAAUUUUUAAACAGUUCUAAUGAAGUAAAUGAAGAAAAUCAUUUAAAUAAGAACAUGACAACUGAAACAACAAAAACAACAGCUACGACUACUACAGCAUCUGAUAAUAUAUUAAACACCCAUCUAUACAACUCUUUAUCACUAAAAGAGCAUUUUCAUAAAUUUGAUGAAAUAAGUAAUGAAGAGGAUUUAGAUAUGUGUACAUUAAAUAAUUGUAAUAAUAAUUGUAGUAAUAUGAAUCUAAAUAAAACAUUAAAUAAUCCUCAAAAUAAUAUAAUUAAUAAUCCUAUAGAUAAUAACAUGCAUAUAAAUAAAAAUGUUUUAAUGAAAUAUUUAAACGAAAAAGAAAAAAAUUCAGAAAAUUGCACAAAUUUAGAUAUACAAACAAUUAUUGAUAAUGCUAUUGAAAUCAAUGAUAACUCCCUAAAUUAUGAUCAAUUAAAUUAUAAUAAUAAUUAUAUGAAUUGUAAUGCAUUAAAUUAUAACAAAGAAUCAGAACAAGAAAAAAUUCAUAAGCAAAAUAAUAUUCCUUGUUAUAAUUUUGAUGCUAAUAAAAAUAUUAAAGAAACAAAAAAAAAUAAAAAUAAUUUGAAAGAAAAAAGUAACAAUGUAAAUAAUGAAAAUUCUUAUAACAUUUGUAAUGAUAUGUUUUUUGGGAAUAAUGAUAUUUAUGAUAUUUUUUCAAAAUUUAAUUCUCUUAAAUUAUGCGAUAAUAGUAAUUAUGAUGUAAACAUGCAUAAUAAUUUUAAAUUAAAUAAUUUUAACUCAGAAAAAAAGGAUGAAAAUAAUUUACAAAAAUUGCCAUCAAGUUUAAUAAUAAAUGAAGAUAGAACAACUUUUUUAGAAAAUAGCAGCAUACCUGACAAAUCAAAAAUAAUUGAUAAAGAAAAUUUAGAAUUCUUAACGAAUUCAUAUAUGAGAAAUAUGAAAUAUAAGGAAUUGGAUGCAAUAGAAAAAGAUUUAGAAAGACAUAUUAAGGCAUUAUGGAAUAUAAGAAAAAUAAAAUUAGUUAAAUCAUUUAGUGUUCAGAAUAAUUAA